AAUGUAUUGAACUUUAAAAUGUUGUGAGAAUUGCUUAAAAGAUUUAAAAAAAAAGAGGUGCAGAAUCUGCUACUAAAACGAAAAAAUUUCCCUAAUGUCAAAAUAAAAUAAGUCAUUUUUAAACACAUUAAAAAAAAAGGGAGAAACAAGGUUAGAUGGAACCAUCAAGGGCGAGAUAAAAAGUUGAGGAAAAGGGUGAGAGUGAUAGGUUAGAUUGAGGGUUAGUAGGAUAGUCUAAUGGAAAUCAAUCAACAAUGAUAUUAUUCAGAUUUUUCUUUUCCUUUAUAUAAAAUUCAAAAUUUUUCUUUCUUUUUCUUUUUAAGAUUCUUCUUAAUCCAAAAGAAUAUCAUGAAGAAACAUUACAAUUAAGUGCAACAACAUGUUUAUGUAAAUUUAUGUUAUUAUCACUUGAAUUAUGCGAAACACAUGCAAAAAUGUUAUUUGAUUUAUUAAAAAAUUCAACAUUCGAAAGUGUUCGUGUUUCUAUUAUGGUUUUAAUGAACGAUUUUUAUUUAAAAUAUCCAUUAGCAUUUGCUGCUUAUUCAGAUGAUGUUUAUGGUUGUUUACGUGAUCGAUCAGAUAAUGUACGUUUAGCAGCAUUAAAAACAAUUUCAAAUUUAAUUCUCAAAGAAAUGGUUAAACCAAAAGGUCAAAUAAGUGAAAUAGCAUUUCGUAUUAUUGAUAAACAUCCUCAAAUAGCAACAUUAGCUACAUCAUUUUUUAGUGAAUUAGCUAAACGACAAGAUGGUCAAGCAUUAUUUAAUAUUUUACCAGAUAUAUUUUCAAAUUUAGUUGACGGUAAAUUAGAUAAGCAACGUCAAUUAAAUGAAGAAGAUUUUAAAUCUAUUAUCGAAUUUUUAUUGAAAUAUGUUAGUAAAGAAGAACAAACAGAAAGUUUAUUAAAAAUAUUAUUGCAAAGAUUUCGAAUGGCUAAUGGUAAUCCUCGUUUAUGGGGUGAUCUUGCUUAUAUCAUGUCAAAAUUAACAUAUAAUGAACGAACAUUAAAAUGUUUACAUGAUGAUUUUAAUUAUUAUGCAGAUAAAUUAGUUGAAGAUGCUGUUUAUGAAUCAUUUUUAACGAUUCUUAAUAAUGCAAAAAAGAAUUUAGGAACUAAACCUGAUUUAAAGGUAAAAAUAAAAAGAAUUUUUUCCUUUAGUUUGUUAUUUUUCAUUGAUUGAAAAUGAUCCGAUUUCUUUAUAAAAGGUUG